AUGAACGACCCAUUGGAAUGGUACUACGACAUCCCCGUCGUGUCUCGGCUCUACCUCACCGGGUCAUUCUUGACCACGACAGCGUGUGCAUUGGACCUCGUGUCGCCCUUCUCGCUCUAUUUCAACUUCCACCUCAUCUUCAUGAAAGGACAAGUGUGGCGACUCGUGACCAAUUUCCUCUUCUUUGGGCUUUUUAGUCUGGACUUUCUCUUCCACAUGUACUUUGUUGCGCGCUAUUGCCGGUUACUUGAGGAAGGGUCUUUCAGAGGUCGGACGGCAGACUUUGUGUACAUGCUGUCACUGGGAGCUGGGGCAAUGAUCUUAGUAGCGCCCUUUGUGAGCAUCCACUUUCUUGGCUCUUCGCUGACAUUCAUGAUGGUGUACAUAUGGGGUCGACGGAACGAGCACGUGCGGAUGAGUUUUCUGGGAUUGUUCCCGUUCACAGCGCCGUAUUUGCCGUGGGUGCUCUUUUCGUUCUCGAUUCUACUCGGAAACAGUGCGACUACGGAUUUGAUUGGCAUCAUCGUGGGACAUGUCUAUUAUUUUCUGGAAGAUGUGUUUCCGACGAUUGCUGGGAUUCGAGGCUGGAAGAUACAACAACCGCUUGCAACUCCACGGCUUCUACGCUUCUUGAUCGACCCGCGGCCUGUCGUCGUGGGCGGUGAACAGGUCAUAAACGACCUUGGUGCAAACAAUGGCGACCACCCCCACAUGGAGUAA